AUGAUUUUAGACGGAUUCGGUCUUGAAAUUCUUGUAAAAGGACGCCCUCUUCCUGAGAUAGUUCAACCUAUUACAACCUUGGAUGUACCUACAACUACUGGACCUUCUGACUCCUUUGUCUGGGCAGAAGUUCCACACGCUGGGGUGCAGUUCUCUAUUAGAUUCUCCUCGACUAAAGCAACACCACAUGACCCUAUAAUGGCUUUCAUAGUUGUAGAUGGUCAAUUAGAUUAUCGAUAUAUCGAGCUUUACAAUUCUGGUGCCUAUUUGAGAGAUCACUUCGUGAGUGCUUACAGAGAUUUCCGGUAUUACUUCAAGUUUGACAAAACGAUGUGGUCCGAUGAAUUCCAUAAAGUCUAUAGUGAUCUUUCUCAAACGAUAUCAUACGGUGGAAUCGGUGCCAUCUCAGUCUAUUUUUAUCGAGCGACCCCAAUUUUUGAGCUUGUUGGAGAAAUUCCAAACUUCCAAUUACAUCAAAAGAUUUUACCCGAGAGAAGGACAAUGGCGUCAAUUGGACUUUCUACCAGUUUUCAACCUAUGUGGGUUCCUGAUAAUAUGAUGCCUAACGUUAAUUUUCUUAGACCAAGAUCCAAUUCUCCGAUCGCAGUUCUUCACUUACAUUAUCGUCCUGCUUCAUCAAUAAUCUUAACGUCAGGUGCUGUGUUGCCAGAAGUCAAGGUGAAGCGAGAAAUUAUUGAAGAUAGGAAUUUACAUUCUGAAGAAUCUAGUAAUGAAAUUGAUCCCUCACCUGUCGAACACGCUUCUAAUUUAAAAAGAAAUAAUAAAAAAUCACCUACCUUGAAGGUUAAUGAUUUACAAGAACAUUUCAUAGAAGGAUACAUUAAAGUGGAAGAGAAUGCACAAAAAUUUUUGGUAAAUGGAAAAAAUCGAACAAGUGACACAAUAUCAUCCCUAGAUUCAAAUCAAGUUGAAACACCAGAACCAGACAUUACAUUUAGUGAUGAAAAAGUAGGGAAAAUAAAGUUCGAAGUUUCAAAUUCACCAGCACCAAAAACACAUUGCAGACGUGAAAGAUCCAAAUCAAAUAAAAAUCGGUACUUACGAGGAAACGGAACCUUACGGAAACAAAAACGUGGACGUUCUCGCUUUCAUCAUCGCAGAUGGGACAAACCAGCUGAAAAGAAAGAAUAA